ACAUUUUUAGAAUUUAUUUUUACACCGAACAAUGAAUAAAUUAAAUUAUAAUAAAUAUUUACAGAGAUCUACAUCUACUUAUAUAUUAAUCAAAAUAAAAAAAAAAUGUAAAAAGUUUUAAAAUUAUUGUCUUGAAUAAAACAUUUUGAAACUUAAAACUCUAAAGCAAAAUAAGUCACUUUAUUGUUGAAAAUUUCAUCGGAAAAAUCGCGCCAAAAGUUAAGACAAAACGUGUCUAUGUCGUUUACAUAAACCUAUACGUUUUUUGUUUCCAGAACGGUUUCAUUUUUUAAUUAUUACGGAAUUGACAUUUUUUCUGAUGAAGUCACGGUGUCCAUUAUUAUCGCCGAUAAUUAAAAAUUUGAACGCAAUUCAUUUUGAUUGUUAUCAUUAGAAAAUCGGUGAAUCAGGAAUGUUCAGUGCCGAAUAGUUACGAGUAUACUUACCCACGGUGCCUAAUAGUUUUCGUUCGCUUUCUAUGCAUUUGCAGUGGUUUAGUUUGAAUAAGAGCAUUUCUAUAAAGCAGAAAAAAAACCGUACUUAUGAUCAUUUUUAGACCCCGAUAGAUGUAAGCGUACAUACGGUACCACUUGCGGUCGAUACGCCGAAUCCGAUUUACAUUUUCGGGGUCAAACUGAAUCCCAUACGUUAAAAAAAAAAAAAAAUAAAUAAAUAAAUACGAAUUCGAGCGCAUUUCCCUACUCGCUCUUUGAAUACGCUUUCGUAUUGUCUAGCAUAAUUUGUUCGUAAUUGUAAACGUCAUUUUAUAUUAUUUAAGGCUCCGGGUUUUGAAAUAAUUGUUCUCCGCGAUUAUGGAAUUCGGAUUUAUCCGACUGUUGCGCCAGUAGCGUAAUAUCCGAUUGUAUUAAUUAUUGUAUUGUAUCGUUGCACCGAAAUAUUCUAAAACAAGACAAUUAAAAUUCCCGUCGAAAACUAUAAAUUUAUGUACAUGUAUUUAUACUAAAUACUUAAAUAUCUAUCGGAUUCACCGGGUUGUGUUAAAUAUUAUAGAGACGUGUUCAAAAAGUGAAUUUUCGAAAAAGCGAAGACCGUUAUCUAUCCGGUUGUCGCGCCAAGGUCUUCGUAUCCGUUAACGACGCAUUAGUAUUAAAAAAAAAAAUAUUUUUUUUUUUUUUACAAAUUUUUAUUACACGUAUUUAUAAUUAAUAUAAAAUAUACUAUUGUAAUCGAAUACAAUCCGUCGAGCUUUCUAUCAAACUAAAAUGUAUUAUUCGAAUUAUAUUACAGUUUCGCAUUAAUUUUAUAGUAAAUCCGCACGGGACAUUUUCAGUGUAAUAAUAUAAUAUUUUGAUAGAUAUAGUUUUUAGUUGUUUAUCGUGAAUUUCCAUUGGAAAAAAAAAAAAAAAAAAAAACCAAUCGAAUAACGCGGAUAUAUAUUAGCAUCAUUGUUGUGCGCGAAUCGCUAUGAAAAUGCCAUUUACGGUAUAGUCAUAACCGGCUUUUCCGAAUUGAUUACUUUUUUCGCGUAUUGAUCCAAACACGAGCCGCGUGCCAGAGCUUCGAGGGACGCCCGUCGAGCGUUAUAGCCGGUCUGGAACGUAUAGAGCCAUUUUUUUUUUCCCCGCAGAUUCGGUUCAUAAUAAUAUGCGCCUGUUUGUUUGCAGGGACUCGGCUUGUUUGCGCGCGACUCCCGCGCGUAUACUUUUACCAUACGUACGCGUAACGAGAGACGAAAAAACGGAAAAAAAUAUAAGUUUCUACAAUGAAAAUUCCGUUAAUAAGUAUUCGUGUUUAGAACGUAACAACAACGCGAUCGUAGUGGUAGGUAUUUUUUUUCCAAAGGUUCUAUAAUAUUUGGGCGAUUAGCGGGCGCGUAACCGAAGCCGAAACCGCGCGCAGGCCAACGGUAACAAUCGCGUGGCCAAAAGUAGCCCGGCGUUCGGGGAAAAAAAGCGACCGGAUUCGAUUUCGCGCAAACGCGUAAAACGAAAACGAAAAAAUAUACACACGUUAAAACUGAGCUAACUUAUCGUUAUAAAACACUGCACGCGGACUACACUAACCGUUAUUAUAUUUUUCACCGGGAAAUAUUUUUUCCGUUUUUACACGUAUUUUAUACAUUUGUUGACGUUUUUCGACGGAAAAACCGUUUUGGACCGCGCGACAUUCCGUUCGGUCCACGUUUCGACCGCCGUGAUCCCGCGAUAUAACGAGUACCCGUGCUACAGGUGGCUGACGGGUCGUCUGUUAUAUGACCCAAGCGACUUUGGCGGCCCUGUCCGUCGACAGACGGCUGGGCCCGAUCACGCUGACCGAAGCCGUGGCCGCUUGGGCCUCGGGCCCGGGUCAAUCGGGGUCGUAUUUGCAAUCGAUGCGCACCAGGGCGACGGUGGCGCACAGGGUCAGCAGCGUCAGCGAUAUGAGUAUGGCGGCCAGCACGGCGAUCUGCCCGGACCGGAACAGCGACCGGGUCGAGACGUACAGCAGACAGGCGUGCAGGACGCAGGCGGCCAGCCACAGCGACGUGAGCGCUACCGCCGACCGGACGGUGGGUCCCAGAAACCGGAACGGCUGCAGUCGCGGGUCGCACUGGUGCGGCCGGUAA